GUUGGGCUUUCCGCUGUCCUCAUCCGCCAGUCGACAUAGGUCCCCGCGAAUUGCUAAGUACGGUCAUUUUGUGUCGUGUUUACACCCACAAAACAGAGGUAUUUUAUGGUAUUUGAGAUAACUGGCCUGGUUGUACGAGGAUUACUGAAGCCUGCUUCGUUUGGCGUGUUCGUUUGAGUCGAGAUUGGACAUCGCUGAUGUUUCAGCGUCCAUGUCCCCCCGUAGGCUGAGCUGCGGAGUGAUAUUCACUUCAUUGGAACCGACAAUGUGGAGGCUGUUAAAAUGUCUACUUGGAAAAUGAAAUUGUUAUAUUUUCUCCAACAAUAAGGAAACAGAGCGGCUUCAGCGUUAUGGUUAGAAACGUGUUUUCAGUUUCGUGACGAAAACAAGAAGCAGACGAGUCGACGGGAGGAGUGGUUCAUAUUGUCUUUCCUCGUUUUCAUCGAGCCCACAGUCCGGACCACGGGGGGAAGGAUCCGAUCCACAACUUUGUUUUUCUCUCUACUGCAGCCGUCGAUUUCUCCCUGUUGGAUGCCAGAAAAUUGAUUCCAGUCGCUUGCUGAGACUGAAACGGCCGAGUUAACAGCAGCAGAGAAUGGCUGCAGUGGAAACGGACAAGGAGCUCAACGACUUACUGGAUUUUAGCGCGAUGUUUGAGCCUCCAGUUUCUAACGGCAAAAACCGUCCGACUACUCUCGCCAGCAGUCAGUUUGGAGGUUCAGGUAUGGAUGACAGGAGUGGGUCCGGCCCCUGGGGGCCAGGAGAACAGAACGGUCCAUCUUUCAACCAAGGAAGGGGUUAUGCAGAACAAGGCCUUUACAAUGAGCAAGAGGGCAUUGCCUCUGCCCCCAUGUAUGGAUCAGGGAUUGUUGGGAAGGCUGAGCGAGGACCAUACUCGUCAUUUGCAGCACAGCCGGGCUUUAUGCCCAGUGAGAUGCCCAUGCCCAGUCCCGAUGCCCUCUCCCCGUCUGGCCUGAAGUCCAACUCCCAGUUUUAUUCCUCCUAUGAGGGAAGCAACUCUCGCAGGAGACCCUCACAGGAGCCCAUUGGACCACAGCCCAAAAAGAUCAGGAAGGUGCCCCCUGGCCUGCCGUCCUCGGUUUAUGCAUCUGCCUCAGGAGAGGAUUUCAACAGGGACAAUGCUGGCUACCCGGUCUCCAAGGCAGGAAACGUCUUCCCACCACCAUUCUAUGUGCAAGAAGGCCUCCACCCGCCCUCUGAUCCAUGGGGCUCUGCCAGGUCGAUGGUUCAGCCUGGUUAUUCUGCCAUGCUGGGCAACUCCCCCCAUCUGAGCCAGCAUGUUCCCUUCACUGCCCUCAACCCCCAAGACAGACUGAAACGGCAGCCACUGCCCCUCUCGCCCCAGAACUACCCCAUGCACGGCAGUGAGGUGAACGGGACUCAUCCCUCUAGCUUCCACUCUGGCCCCCACUCUGGCCCCAGCAGCUUCGGAGUCCCCAGCCACACACCCCCUAUGGCUGACCCUAUUAUGGCCAAUCGAGGAGCAGCACCUGGAAGCUCAGGUGACGAGAUUGGGAAAGCCCUGGCAUCUAUCUACCCUUCAGACCCACACAGUAACACCUUCCCUCCGUCUCCGUCUACUCCCUCUGGCUCUCCCCAGGCGGUUUCAGGCUCUGCAUCACAGUGGACUCGGUCCUCUGGCCAGGCCACACCUUCACCCAACUUUGAGGGUGGAAUUCAGUCCAUGCCGAGCAAAAUGGAGGACCGUCUGGACGAAGCCAUCAAUGUUCUACAGCGUCAUGCCAGCGGACAAGGAGUGCCAGGCCUGGCUGAGAUGCACAAUCUGCUCUCGUCUGGCUUAGGGUUACCUCCAGGCUUCACCAGUGCAGCACUUGGAUUGGCCAGUCGCCUGCCUGGACUGAUGUCUGGCCUCCAUGAGGACUCUGCUGGUCUGCCCUCUAGUGGGGGUCUUAUGCACGGUCACCACGGCCCCACAUCUGUCCCGCCAGGCUCUCAGCCUGAAGGUUUCACAGGCCUGUCUGGUAGCCUGAAGCGCUCCAGUGGUUCUGAUAUCAAACGAGAGGACAAGGAGGACGAUGAAAACUGCUCAAUCACCGACAGGUCAGAGGAUGAGAAAAAAGAGAUGAAGGCCCGCCUGGGAACAAGUCUGGAUGAUGAGGAAGACGAUGAAGAUCUACCAGUGGAGGUUAAGGCUGAGCGGGAGAAAGUGAGGAGGAUGGCAAACAACACCCGCGAGCGACUACGUGUGCGGGACAUCAACGAGGCUUUUAAGGAGCUGGGCCGCAUGUGUCAGCUCCAUCUGAGCCACGAGAAACCGCAGACCAAAUUGAUCGUACUGCAACAGGCUGUUAACGUUAUACUCAACCUGGAGCAGCAAGUUCGAGAGCGUAAUUUGAACCCAAAGGCCGCCUGCCUCAAGAGGAGAGAGGAGGAGAAAGUGUCAGGCAUUGACCCCCAGAUGCAGCUUGGCGGGGGUCACCCUGGUCUUGGAGAUGGACAUAUGUGAUUCUCAGUUCCUGUUGAUUGUACAGCCCUUAGAACACGUGGCCUUAAUCUAUCAUUGUCAUGCAUCUCAGUGUGUGUUAAUCAACUUUUGGAAAGCACACACGCACACACCUCAUUACUGACAAAGCAGGUGGCCACAUUCCUGACUAUGAAUACAAAAGUAACAAGCACACUCUUACAGGAAGAGGGAAAAUGUAUUAAUCUUAACAAGACAACACUUUGAACCGAGGACACCGGUUUGGAGACAGUGGAAAAUUGGACAUAAGGACAUUCUUAUGAUCAUGUUUUUGUAAGACAUUUUGAAAAAUUGCUUUACAUGUUGGGAGCAAAACUUGUUUGGAUCAAAUGAAACCCUUUGGAUCAACUGCUUGUGUAAGCAGAGUUAGGAUUUGUAUUGUUGGAUGAUUAUUGGCAUUCCCAUCUGAAAAGCAGGUCUUACAUUCUUCACAGGCAAAGAGGGACACCCGGGUUUAUAUCUUAUGAUUGAACAAAACCUGUUUAAACAUGUGCCCAAAUGAGGCCCAAUGCAUAGUGUUUCAUUAAGAUAAGAUAGCCAUCGUUAUUAUCUUCUUACGUAAUGACUGAAUCACAGAGGUAGGUCUGGAGACGUCAGAGACUCCUUUCUUUGUGGUAUGCUGGUAUUUCUGGAUGUCAUUUUUUUAAUUUUAUUUCUUGGGUUUGGCUCAAAAAAGGAGCCACAGUCACCGACUCACAUGUGAGUUAUUCUUUUGUUCCUUUUUUUUUAACUGUGGCAACUGCUGGAGAGAGACACAAGCAAAGACUCGCUCCGAAUCCAGGAGCCACAGUGACGGUGAGUCAAAUGUGCUCCUGCACCGCCCGACAGGUUGGACUCCAGCGUAUAGAUGUCAUUCUCACUGCCCAGCAUCAUGAAGUCACUCUCAGCCUGCCCCGGUUCACAUCAUACCUAAAGACUCUGUUACAGCAUGGUGGGCUUACUAAACUUAAGUCUCUGAGCAAUCUGUAUUCUGGUAAAUCACAUUUUGCUAGAAGAGAGAAAUAAUUGAGCAUUGAAAGGGAUCAUGAGUGUUCCUGUAGAGAAUUCACUCGGACUUGUUUUGGUUGUUGCUGUGUUGAGCAUUUGGUGUUUUUUUUUUUGUUUUUAUCCCCUUCUUUUGAACAAUUGCAAAGCCUGUUGUAAGGAUCUUCCUUUUGUAGAAUUGAUUUAUCAUUGUUUUUUAUUGGUUUGUUUUUUUUACUUUGUAAGAUAGUUGUAUGAGUUCUGUUUUUAUCAUUUUUGGAAUGCUCUCUUUUUUUUGUUUACGUUGUUUAAAUGUAAGACGACUCUCAAUUUAGAUUCCAGGAACAAAGUGAGGUGUUUUCUUUUGUGCCAGGUGCUUAGAAAUGUUAGAAAUGACAAACUUAUCUGGCUGUAACAUCACAUGUUGUGAUAUUGCUCUCUCUCUUUUUUUUCUUUUUUUUUUUUAAAUGCAUGUUUGAAAACAAACCUGUCAUGCCAGUUGUAAUUGGAUUGUUCUGGUGUUUGCGACAGUUUUUUUUUCUUAAAUGAAACACAAUAUUUUUCUUCAGCACACUCCCCCUCCGCUCUCCUCGGAUGCCCAGCUCUCUGAGGAGCUUGUUGAUUAGUUUGGGGAAAGGGGGCAGAGGGGGAGGUCUGCACAAUCUGCAACACAAUUCACUGUUUCAUAAUGAUAUGAAGCAUAAAAUGAAUCAAAUAGGGUGGCCUUAGUCAUUUUCCUGACUUUGGGAGUUUUGAUAAUGGUUACUCACCAGUGCCUGAAUACUUCUCUGCUACAUGGUGGAUGAUGUUGCAUUUGAUGAUUUAUAGGUUGUACCUUUUUAUAUUACAGAUGUAUAAAAACAUAUAUACUUCAGUAACAUCUGACAGUGUCUCAGAACAUCUAAAUGAAGAAUCGCACAUGCUGACUGCUUCAGUGUGUGUGUCAUUAAAUGUAAGAUGACUAAUAACCCGGUCUUCAACUUUGACGCUGAAAACUACUUAAUAUGUUUCAUCUUUUAUGUACUGAUUUUGUUAAGUAUAAUUUUGUCCUUGACUGGCAUGUGCAUUGAUAUGUAUGUACAGCUGUGAUAUAUCAGCUUUAUCAUUAUAAGCUGGUACUGAUAUGUAACAGUAUUUGGUUUUCUACCUGUCAUUUUAUCCCAAAUCUUGCCCCUCGGACUAGCCCCAACCCUUAUUUUCUUUGUCAAGUCACUCUAACCUUUCUGCAGAAAAAAAAACGUGGUGUUGUUGUGAUAUGAAAAAUCUCUACUAAAGACUUGUUCUUUUAUUUCUUCACAUGAAAGAUAUGUCUGCAGUAUCCAAGGAUCAAAAAUGCACCUGAUAUCCUUUGUUAACAGACCCUUUUUGUCCUCUACAACAGAUGACCUGCUACAAAUCUCUCUGUCUUCACUCAUGUUUGGGGACAACAUCUAUGUAGGCUAUGUCCUCAAAGUGCCUCCAGUUUCCUAUUUUUUAUAUAUAAAGUAGAUAUAGAGAACUGUUGUGUAUAUAACAGUAAUGUAGCAAUAAAUGUGCCAUUUUUAAUAACAAACACCACGUUUAUCCAAUGUCUUUUUUUCAACCCAUGAAUAAAAAUUACAUGUGCAUUUUUCUUUCUGCAAUGCAACCUGUACCACGAAAAUUGUCAGAUCUAUAAUAUCACUGCUUAAACCGUCUUUUUAACGGGAAAUGGUCACCGGGAGAGCACGAGAAGAGCUGACUAACUAUACAGUAUGUUCGUAUUACUACUAUUGUGUUGCUUGGAGGUAUUCUUAUGGCGUGUGGGACACUAUUUUUGCCGCAUUUCUUCAGCUGCAACCCCGGCGGUGUGAAACAGACAUGGGAGCGAAUAAAAAACAUAUUUUAAAACAUAAUUCUAAGCAGUAAGGUUUCCAUUCAUAACUUAUACAUCAUUCAUAAAGGUAACCGGCGCAAAGUAACACUGCAUCCACGACUCCGACAUGUCCCCUGGCUCAAGAAGCUGACACGCAUAAGUGAAAAUAUGAUGACAGAAUAUAUACUGAUUAUUUUGUUGUUGCUCCCAAGCCUGCUUCACAGUGCUGGUUGCAGCUGAAUAUUACGGCUAAAAUAUUGACUCACUCGCCAUCAGAAUACAUCUGUAACACAUUAAUUUAACAGAUGUAUAGUCAGAUAUCGUGCUCUAGAUGAAGCGGUGAUAUUAUAAAUCUGUUAAUUUAAUCAUUUACAUAAUCGGCGAUUUAUUGCCAGCUGUCUUUUUUUCAUGUGUCUGUCUAAACUGUGUUGCUUUCUGGAUUAUGACUUUAUAUUAUUUGUAUUUGUGUGAUGUUAAUUUACGAUCCACGUACUAAGCUUU